GUACAUAAUGACAGUAAAAAACAAGAACAUUGAAGGAAAACCACAUAUGCUCGGCCUUCACGACUUUGAAGAGAGGAAAGAUUGGUGGGAUCACUUGACCGCAGCUAUCGCUACGCUCGAGUCCGCUCCUGAGUGAAGCUAUGAUGUUGCUUGGGCUUUCAUCUCCGAGGUGACAAGCACCAAUACCAGUCAUGUGUUCUAGUUGGGCUGGAAAACGGCCUUAGUGAAGGAGCGGGUGCACAGUAACCCGGGAACUCACAGUGUUGGGGGGGUGAAAGAGACAACCAUGGGGAAACAGCUCCCAAACAGUCAAGUCGCAAGCCCUUAAAUGUCCAUCCACCUAACGAACAAGUCGCAUUCUACCUCACUACCGAGUUCGCGAAUCAACUGUUCAGCUACUUUGUCAACUAUUACGACGGCUUGCGACAAUGGCCGUACGUCCUCAAGGCCACCCACCGAUACCCGCCGAAGUAUCUGCGGAGUCUGUCAUCGCUAUUGUCUCAAUCCAUGACUCCGAAGCCUUUAACGUUAAUCUAGCUACUCCAUUCCAGAAGACACGACUAAGCAGCCAGCGAGCCAACGAGACGAGCCGAGGAAUCGACGAAGGCUGCCAUAUCUUCCUUCAUCAGAUUGAAGAUCAACCAUGCUUUACCCUCGGUCGACGCGAUGGUAGGACUUCGGCCUCGACCAUCUUCCCGACUCGCGACGUGUACUUUCCUGGCACUCAGGUUGGAAAACCGUUCUUGUUAAUCCCGAUUUGGGAUUCUGAUAUCUGGCGCUUGCAGUCAACAACCGAAACUAUAGCAACUGUCAACGAUGUCCCCAUCCAGGCUUCCACGAACCGUACAAAGAAGAAGGGGCAGGUUCUCCCGCAAGCUGUCCAUCUCAAGUCGUCCACAGUCAAUCGAGUAUCAUUCAACGGUUUACAGAUCGACAUAUGGCUACUAAAGUCAGUCCGAGAGGUUUAUGCAACCAAGAAUUUUGAACCUCAGAUGCUAAACCACCACUUGCAAGACGUCUCCGGUCGUGCAGAACAGUGGGCUCACGACCGAUAUAUCUUGAGCUCGGAGCAAGUUUCAGCAAACAGUUUUCGAGUGGUCGAGCGGUUUACGGGCGAGGUACAGACGGUCAAACUAUUUCGAGACGCACAGCGUGGUCGGCAACUUCGGGAUGAAGAGUUUCUCAAGUUUGGUAAGGAGAAGGUUGACGCAUCGAUAGUGCAGUAUCAGCAAUCGACGGAGAUAGACAACAUUCCGGCUGUCGUCACCGGUACGCAUGAUGGUUUUGUUUCCUACGCGGCGCUCCAAAUCGACAUAAAGAAACAGCACCCGGGUGUCCGUUUUUCAAUCGCCACUGAGCUGCUACGACGAGUGUUCUCUGCUCUCGAUUUCCUACAUUUCCAUGGUAUCAUCCAUGGACAAGUGACACAGGAGAGCGUGCUUCUUCGACUCAAGGAUUAUGCACCCAAGGCUGUAUUGCUUGUCGACUACUCUCAUUCAGCCCCCUUCAUCAUCGGUGCCCAAGCUCCACGCGACGAUAUGGUUCAAGAUGGCCAGGCCGCUAUGCAAGUCAUCGAAGACUGUUGCGAUAUUUGGCAAUUGCGUAAAGCGGCGACCAAAGAUGCGUCUAACGAAGAGUUUAUGGCAAAGAAAACAACAACCGCGCAGAACGAGUACCAGACUGUUCAACGCGCCGUGGCCGACUUCGAGCGAUCGGGCAAUUCGCGAACAUCCGAGAAAGGGAAGAAGCUUCUGCGGUUGUUGGAGCAAAAGAAUAACCUUUGGCAUCGUUCUCGUGAGGACCAAUUGCACAACGCCACCCGCCGUGAGGUCGGUAUUUGUUAUAAAUCGAAUAUCGACGAGAUGGUCAACGACUGGGACAAAUCACAUCCUCCGCCAAAGAUUGGCGAGAAGCACUUCAUGCUUCUGUCCCUGGGACAUCCAUGGUUUGACCAACUGGCGAGCCAGCUGCACCACGAGCGGUGGGAUACAACUCCUCACGAGGUGUGCGCGAAAUUCAAGGAGUUAGCUGGUGCCGUUGAGCAGCCGUGGCAGACGUUUGAGGUCAAAAAGACUCUAACGUUCAUUCAGAACGACGCGGGCUUCGACGAGAAGUGUGUUCUAGCGUGGCUAGCAGGUUGCUGCGAGGCUUUUCCAGAGUGGCGCCAGGCUCUAGAGAAAGAAUGCGAACAUUGCCUUGAUCCACAGGAUGGCACUGUCACGCGCUCUGAUAUUAGCAAGCUUCGAGACGCGCUUUCAGGAAAUGGGCACCUGCCACCGCCCAUGGAGUCUACUUUCGAUCGCCUCAUAGCGCAGGAUAGCAACCCCUCCCUGCGAAUCGACGAAAUCUACCAAAUCUCGCUACAUGUUCCUUCCCGAAUGUUCAAUCUUACGCAGCUGCAGCGUCUUGCGUCGGCGGACCGCUUCGUGUUAUGUGUCAAUGAAGGACGCAUUCGAUGCGACAACUACGUUGAAGUCCGCGGCCACCCGAAGGUCCAAGGCUGUUACGUCCCGCUAUCUCUCUUGUCCGUUUUUGCAUACCAGCUGGACUUGACUGUGCCGCAUCCUCCAGAUCAUACACCACUUUUCCCGACUUUCGAUUCAUCGGACUUCAGUCAGGUACCUAGUGGUAAAAUCGUCCUAGCACGGCCUGGUCUUGUUGCUUUUGCAUCUGUCACUCGCACUGGUAACCAGUGUGUGUUCUUUGCGCCUAGAUACCCCAAAGACUUCGAGACAAACAAUGUCUUUCUCCCGACAUACUUUGGCGACAUGAAGGUUUUACCACAACUACCAGCAGGGUUGUACGAACAUGCUCGCCCCGAACAUUGGUCUAAGUUCAAGACUGCGGAGGAGAUUGAGGAUGCAGCAAACAUUGGAAAGCGCAGGAUUUUGCAUCCGAAAGGACCCCGAGAGAAGUUGACCACCAAGUCACGCACAGCGGGCCGAACGUUAUCGCCAGCGUAUUCGACUAAUAUGGAUGUCGAUGAGACGGCAAUCUCUCGGGUACUGAAGCAACGCCAGCAGAUCCGUUCACGGGCUCGCCCGCCGAUCAAACGCAACACUGAUGCGCAAUCAUCCAACCCCAGGACACCGACGGCAAAGCGCCACCAGUUGUCCAAGCGCGCCUCGACUCCGCCCAUAUCCUGCGCCUCUAAUAUCACGACAUCUUUUCUCGACCGUGCUAUGGAGCGUAUGGAGCGCAUGGCUCAGGCUCCACAAGGUACACCAGCGGAACCUUCGUUGUCCAUUCCUCGGAUUCCAAACUCAUCGUUUUUCCAACGUAAUGGGAACGUGAACGCAAGUAUUCUUCCCAGCCCACCACGUGCUCCAGCAGAUCAAAAUCAGUCUUUCACCGUUGCUUCAGGAUCCUUCGAUCUGGCUGAUGAUUGGAUCAAGACGGAGGAGUGGCUGAAAGAUAUGCCAGAUGAUGAAGAGGAGGAGCCCCUGAUGCAGGGUGUCUUGGGCUUCCGGUUCCAUCAUAGUCAUCUGCAGGAUGGAUCGGAUACGGAGGUAGACUCUCCUCCUGGGGACAAGUCCAAGGGCAAAAAGAACGGUGCGGGCAAGGGCAAGAAGAAGGAUGGAUCGGAUACGGAGGUGGACUCUCCUCCCGGGGAUAAGUCCAAGGGCAAAAAGAACGGUGCGGGCAAGGGCAAGAAUAAAUCUCUUACAGCUCCUGGUCUACUGGAUGGAUUGGAUACGGAGGUGGACUCUCCUCCCGGGGAUAAGUCUAAGGGCAAAGGGAACAGUGCGGGCAAGGGCACGAAGGAGUCUGUUGCAGCUCCUGGUGUCGCUACCCCAACGCCGAAUGCUAAGGGAAAAGAGCCGACUCCGUUGAUAUCCCCUUCCAGCUCCUUUCAGCGUCGACCAAAUUCUCAGCCAGCUACCCAGCCGAACAGCCUUACACAGCUGCCCAUGGCAGGUAGCUCGGCUCAACCCACACAAUCGGCCUCUAUUCCGGGGAUCCAGAAUAGUCCGGGUAGCGCGAUCCACAGCUGGUUCCAGGACCAGGCGGACGCAAUGGGUGGUGAUGAGGAUGAUGACAUGCCGGAUACGGAUGUUGAGACUUGGGGUGAUAGCGAUUAAGAGUAGGGGGGACUGGCGUUCGAUGUAGUGAAGCGAGAUAAGAGGGUUAUUAGAAUGGGAACGGUCAUGGGGCGAAAGACAAAUGGUAUACGAGUGUAUUAUGACACCGUAAGAUAGGUGAUUUGAGUGUCUUUACGCUCAAGAGUACAUAUCAAUGGAACCACGAUAUUCACGCU